AUGAAGCGCGUACUGAGCAUGAUCGUGAUGCUGGCACUGGUGGCGGCAAUGGCCGUCCCCGGCACGACGCUCGACGGAGCGUCGGGCUUCAAGGCGGAUGCCGCCGGUCAUGGCCAGUUGACCGAGCUCAGCUUGGCGGACAUGCUUGCCGAUUGCUGCGGCGUCGAGGACAGCAAGAUGCAUCAUGCCAUGGGCGGUUGUGCCAUGGAUUGCGGCAACGCCGUGCCAUCGAUCAUCGGCUUUCUCGCCGAAACGGACGCCGACCUCAGGAUCACCCGUUCCGGAGCCGCGCCUGACGGCAUAGCCCUACCCCAGUUUCGACCUCCGAUUGCUGCCUGA